AUGAGGGAAACAAAGGUGAGAUUCGUUCCAAGAUCUAUUGGAAAGCUUCAGAACCUAGAGACCUUAGAUCUGAAACAUACACAAGUAACGACGUUGCCUAUUGAAAUAGGAAAGCUUCAAAAACUUCGAUAUCUUGUGUUUCAUGGUGGGUUUGAAGUUCCAGCAGAAAUAGGAAAUUUGUCAUUCCUUCAAAAGUUGGAAAGAAUCGAUGCAGACCAAUUCAAUGGCAACAGUAUAGUGGGAGAGGUAGGGAAGCUUACCCAACUAAAGUCUUUGAAAAUUUCAGAGUUGAGAACAGAGGACGGAAAGAUCCUAUGCUCGUCUCUUGAAAACCUGAGCAACCUUUGUUCAUUUGGUGUUAGUUCAACAUUCACAGAACGGUUUGAGUUGCUUGAUCUAAAGACAUUAUCUUCAGGUCCUCCACUUCUACGAAAACUCUCCUUGGCAGGACGUCUAGAGAUGACACCACAUUGGAUGGCUUCUCUUCAUAGUCUGGUCUUUCUACGACUAGCGGGGAGCGGAUUAAGGGAUGGCCACCCAUUGCAAUGCCUACAAGGCCUUUACAAUUUAAAAUCACUGAGAUGCGUGAGAUUCGAGCAGGGUGCCACACCUCAUCUUGAAAGGCUAAAUAUUUGGUAUUGUGAUUUGAGGGGGUAUCCAUUUGGAAUUGAACAUCUAACCAACCUUCGAUCGAUUGAGCUAGUUUAUGUGGAUCUGAUAAAGCCUCAGAACUUGUCAGAUGGAGAUAAAGAUGCAUGGAAUGAUAACAAAUUUGCACACAUCCCUCGUAGGGAUAUCCGGAGUUACCAACGUUUGCCUGGACACCCAUCUUCGAAUAAAAAAGAAAAGUUGAAAUCCGUAUCCUCAUGA